UCGGCCGGCCGCGCGCAUGCGUCCUGCCUGCCGAACGGAUAGCAUGGCGGGGCCCGCGCCGGGCGCCGCCAUGGCGGAAGAUUACUUCGGGAAUGCGGCCGAGUGGGGCGAGGAGGCGGAAGGCGGCCAGCAGCAGGAAGACGAUGCCGGAGAAUGCGAGGAUGACGCGGAGGUACAGCAGGAGUGCCUGCAUAAGUUUUCCACCCGGGACUAUAUCAUGGAGCCCUCCAUCUUCAACACUCUGAAGAGGUAUUUUCAAGCAGGAGGGUCUCCAGAGAAUGUUAUCCAGCUCUUAUCCGAGAACUACACUGCUGUUGCCCAGACCGUGAACCUGCUGGCCGAAUGGCUCAUCCAAACAGGCGUUGAGCCGGUGCAGGUUCAGGAGACUGUGGAAAACCAUUUGAAGAGUUUACUGAUCAAACAUUUUGAUCCCCGCAAAGCAGAUUCCAUUUUCACUGAAGAGGGAGAGACCCCAGCUUGGCUUGAGCAGAUGAUCGCACAUACCACGUGGAGAGAUCUGUUCUACAAGCUGGCCGAAGCCCAUCCUGACUGUUUGAUGCUGAACUUCACUGUGAAGUUGAUUUCUGAUGCAGGGUACCAAGGAGAAAUCACCAGCGUGUCCACGGCGUGCCAGCAGUUGGAGGUGUUUUCUCGAGUUCUGCGCACCUCACUAGCCACGAUCUUGGACGGAGGAGAAGAGAACCUUGAGAAGAACCUCCCUGAGUUUGCUAAGAUGGCCUGCCACGGAGAGCACACGUACCUGUUUGCACAGGCCAUGAUGUCCGUGCUGGCGCAGGAGGAGCAGGGCGGCUCCGCCGUGCGCAGGGUUGCGCAGGAAGUACAGCGCUUCGCCCAGGAGAAAGGCCACGAUGCCAGUCAGAUCACACUGGCCUUGGGCACGGCCGCCUCCUACCCCCGGGCCUGCCAGGCCCUUGGGGCCAUGCUGUCUAAAGGAGCCCUGAAUCCUGCAGACAUCACGGUCCUGUUCAAGAUGUUCACCAGCAUGGACCCUCCUCCUGUGGAACUGAUCCGCGUGCCGGCCUUCCUGGACCUGUUCAUGCAGUCGCUGUUCAAGCCCGGGGCCAGGAUCAACCAGGACCACAAGCACAAGUACAUCCACAUCCUGGCUUACGCAGCGAGCGUGGUUGAGACCUGGAAGAAGAACAAGCGCGUGAGCAUCAAUAAAGAUGAGCUGAAGUCGACGUCCAAGGCCGUGGAGACGGUCCACAACCUGUGCUGCAAUGAGAACAAAGGGGCCUCGGAGCUGGUGGCCGAGCUGAGCACCCUGUACCAGUGCAUCAGAUUUCCCGUGGUAGCAAUGGGGGUGCUGAAAUGGGUGGACUGGACCGUCUCAGAACCCCGGUACUUCCAGCUCCAGACUGACCAUACUCCGGUCCACCUGGCCCUGCUGGACGAGAUCAGCACCUGCCACCAGCUCCUGCACCCCCAGGUCCUGCAGCUGCUCGUCAAGCUCUUUGAGACGGAGCACUCCCAGCUGGACGUGAUGGAGCAGCUGGAGCUGAAGAAGACCCUGCUGGACAGGAUGGUCCACCUGCUGAGUCGCGGCUACGUCCUCCCCGUGGUCAGCUACAUCCGCAAGUGUCUGGAGAAGCUGGACACCGACAUUUCCCUCAUUCGCUACUUUGUCACCGAGGUGCUGGAUGUCAUCGCCCCUCCGUACACCUCUGACUUCGUGCAGCUCUUCCUCCCCAUCCUGGAGAACGACAGCAUCGCGGGCACCAUCAAAACCGAAGGGGAGCACGAUCCCGUGACGGAGUUCAUCGCCCACUGCAAGUCUAACUUCAUCAUGGUAAACUGAGUCCCGGGUCCCGCCCGAGCCGACGCGGAGCCCCGCAGGCCCCGCGCAGCUGUGAAGGGGCCUUUUCUGAAAGCAGCUCUCGAGAGGCGUGGGGACCCCGCUGUUCCGCACCGGCCCCCCUGUGUCCUGUGUCAGUCGGUCUCUGCCCUGCGUCCAGCAGCCGCCUCCCCCUGCACAGAGCCGGCCAGGGUCCUUGGGCGUCCCGGGGUGGCGGGAAUUCUCAUAGGAAACACGGGUUAGUGGGUGUUCACUCCGGUCCUUACACUUGCUA